AUGCAAAUCACCGUCCUUCUCCCCUUUCUCGCCCUCGCCCAGAGCGUAAUGGCCAGCCCUAUCGCAGAGCAUGCCCCAGCUCUCAAUCCCCGCGCUGGCUGCCCUGCCAAAGUCAACAGCUUCUGUAAACAGUUCAGGGAGGUCCUUGGGCAGUGUCGCAACGGACAGUGGAAUUGUGUCCACGGAAACCCGCUCACUCUGGACGGCAACUACCCGAUCUACACGCCUGCGGGUGAAUCAUGCUCGAAGGAGGGAGAUACCUGCUUGUAG